AUGCUGGCCAGCUCCUCGUCCAGCCAGAAGGGGUUUGCCCCCUCCAGCCAGUCCUCCCACUCACAGAGCCUCAAGCAGACCGACCAUGCGCCGACCAUCGGACGGACAAGCAUCGACCGCGACGGCACUGGGCUGCAGAUUCCCAAUGGCGGGGCUUCGAGGAAUCUGUCAGCCUCGGCCGCGUUUGCUCCUCGGGGGAACAGCCUCAUCCCCGGCGCCGGGCCCGGCAGCUUCAGCGCCGAGCUGCGCAGCCAGAUGAUGCCCGUUCGCUCAGGGAGCCGAGCCGAUGUGGCGCCAGUCUACCCGAGCAGCUUUGUGGACAAGAUGGAAGAUGGCGAGAUGGCAGAACAGAACCUUUCCAUGCUGCGGGACAGGCUGAACAGGGAGAUGAAGAUCAAGGAAGGGAGCGAGAACAUGCUCGAGGCCCUCAACCUCAAAAAGCCCAAGCAGACAAAGGAGCAGCGACAGAGAGUCGAGGCCGAGCUGACGGCCAGCCAUUCGCGCAUCAAGGUCCUGAAGCAGCAGAUUACGGAUGCUCAGCGUACCAAAGUGGCACCCCCCAGCACACCUCCCAGAACCAGAGCCCAGCAGGAUGCCACAGCACUACAUCGCUCACCGCACAGUAUUCGAUCGGGCACUGGCUCAGAGGUCGAAGAGUCUACCGAGAGCCCUACGUUUACACUCGCCGAGCUUCUACAAGCGCUGGAGGUUGGAGGAAUGACCCCCGAUUACUACGUGAACCGUGCGAACCUUCUAGUCGACCUGUUCAAGAGAUACCCUACUCUUAAAUACGACUUGGUGUGGUCCGUGUUUGGCCUGCGGAUGCAGAUGAUGCUGCUCAGCGAAAGCAGAGAAGUUGUGGCUGCUGGUUAUCGUGCGACAAGAUAUGCAAUUUCAGACCGAAACUCUCUUAGGAAGAUUAGAAGUUUGAAUACCGACUUUUUGGUUGUACGGUCACUGAACAACUAUCGAAAGGCAGACGUUGAACGAGAGCAGGCCCUCAAGUUUGUUCGAGCUUUUCUAGAUGUUAAAGACGGAGCCAAGGAAGUCUCGCGCGCUGUUGUACGGACCAUUGUAGCUGUGGCCGAGUAUGGUGAUGAUCGAUCUGGCUCAGCACAGCCUUCUGAGCAAAACACAGAUCGCCUACGGCCCAUCUGCAUCGAAACUCUCGCAGAGAUCAUGGUUCGAGACCCUCGCUUGCUUCUCGCAUCUGGUGGCCUGGGUCCCCUCUCCGAGGCUCUCGCCGAAGGAACGUAUAAAGCCCCUGAGAGUCUAGCAUCCGCUUUCCUCUUUCUCUUGGAUACGCCACAGAGGCGAAGAUUCGUCCAACCGGGCUACGGCUUGGAUGUGGUUUUUAAUGUCUUCACAAGCCAACUGACAGGAAACGAAGCCGUACUGAAACAAAACUGCAAGGCCAUAUCUGUCGCUAUGCGGUCUUGGUCUGGCCUCAUGACGCUCUGCAUGUACGAUUUCCGGUCCGUCAGGUCGCUCAUUAUGAGCAUACUACUCCCGAGCCCUGUCGUACGAGAAACCAUUUUGGACUUGCUUUUUUCAUUGCUUCGCAUUAAACCACCCGCCUGGGCAGUGUCUUUCUUGGCAGGCCGGAGGUUAACUACUUAUGGAAGGGUGAACAACCUCAGCUUGAAGACUGAAGCGAAAGAUCGAGGGUAUCUAGAAGAAGAUAUGGGCGAACAGAACUUUGUGGACCACUAUACGGCGCUGAUUCUGGCAGUUUUCAUCAAGUCAGGACUUAUCCAAACCCUUUUACAAGUUGCACGUUCUGAGAACGAUACUAUGCUUAAGCGCAAGACAACGCUAUUGAUUGGGGAGGCGCUCAAGCUGGCAGCUAGGCUGCUCCCUCCAUCAUGGAGUGCAGAAAUACAGCUUUUGCCAGAGUUGUUUUCGGCAGCAGCGAAAUUCAGCGAUGACCAAUCCUACAUUGCAUCAAGCAUUGUGUACCAGAUGAGCAGCAUCAACCGCACACUAUACCGAAGUGCACCCGCAGACUCCCUAGCCGGUCUAUUACCCUCGAGCGAUAGCAUGAACGACCUGGCCCUACUGGAUGGCCAACGCAAGGCAGGAUCUGCAGUGGCCUUUGACGAUGCUACCUUUCGCCAGCUCCUCAUCGACACGGGCGUCCUCAACCAUUCCAACUAUUCCAAAUGGAAUUGGGAGAAUAUCAUAAAGGUGAUUGACGGCCCACUUCAGGUCGGCAAGCGGCUCGAGGAAGCCAUCAAGGCCUCCAAAUUUAUGAAGAGAAUCAUGAGUUUUUAUCGGCCGUUCAAAUACAAGUUUGCGGAAGUCCGAAAUACCCGAAACACCCAAAAAUACGUCAGGGCUGGGUGCGCACUUAUGCAUUCCUUGCUUCAGUCGCCCGAAGGGGUGCGAUUCUUAGCUGAUAGCAAGUUAUUGAGACAAAUUGCGGAAUGCUUGGCCCAGUGCGAUCCGACAAGUGGACUUACCGCACAGUAUCCCAUGUUCUCCAAGGACAGGCUAACGGACACCCUGUGUGCCGGCUAUUUCCCCAUGCUUGGAGUGCUUACGGGUGAUUUGAAAGGAUUGGCUAUGCUAGAGAGAUGGAAGAUGUUCAACAUGAUGUAUCACAUCUACGAAUUGACAACGAGACCCGAUCUUGUCAAGCUCCUUCUUUCAAGUUUUGAUUACAGUCGCCAGGGCCAUCAUCGCAUUUUACUCUCGAAAGCACUGACAGCGGGGACGAAAGAGAUUCGGAUACAUGCAACGAAUACGCUUCGGAAAUGCACUCUGCGAAGGCUGCCUUCUAUCAACGGCCAUGGCGAAGUCAGCGACUCGAAGUGGGCUAUUCAACUUUUGGUCACGCAACUGUAUGAUCCAGAGAUUGAGGUGUGCUCAACCGCAGUCAAGAUACUGGAAAAGGCCUGCAACAGAAAAGCGUAUCUGGCAUACAUUGUGGAGUGUCGCCCGGCUUUGGACCAUCUUGGCGAAAUUGGAGCUCCACUGUUGCUUCGAUUCCUGUCGACGUCUAUUGGCUACCACUAUUUGGAUGGUCUGGAUUACAUCAGUAAUGAGAUGGAUGACUGGUUCUUGGGAAGGAAUGAUUCCUACGUUGGCCUCAUUGAAGCUAGCUUGGCAAAGGCCUUUCUCUCGGAAACGGACGAACAGAACCAUCGACUUAGCAUGUUUGAUGAGCACGAAGCCGAAACCGACUAUCACGACAGCCAUAUACCACCCCACUUCUACAGAGAGCUAACAAGAACCCAAGAGGGAUGCAAGCUGCUCAGUGACAAGGGCCACUUUGAGGAAUUCGCUACCACAAUUCGCGAUCAUGGUAUGCAGUCUGAGGACCCUGAGCUCAUCACAAAGGUCAAGGGAUGCCUUUGGGCCGUGGGGAAUGUAGGAUCUAUGGAACUAGGCGCGCCUUUCUUGGAAUCCACCGACAUGGUGGAGCAGAUUAUAAAGAUUGCAACCACCCACGAAGUGAUGAGUCUGCGGGGGACAGCAUUUUUCGUUUUGGGCCUGAUUUCCCGUUCAACUCAUGGACUUGAAAUCUUAUCUGAGCAUGGCUGGGAUGCCAAUACGACAUUGAUGGGCAGUUCUCUCGGCUUCUGCAUUCCUUCUGAUUUGUCCAAGCUAUUUUCACUAUCACCUUGGCAUCACGAAACGGCUGCUUCGAUUACGUUACCAGAGUCACAAUGCACUAUCCGGGAGCAGCCGCCUCCUAGGCCCGCCCGCCCACCGCUAGAAUUAUCCGAAAUGCCUCCUCUGAUCAAUGACACGGCUAUAAGCGAGCGGAUCCUUGAGCUUAUAGUUGAUCUCGGCAAUACUGUGCUGUAUCGAAAAGCCGUCACUGAAUUGCAGAAGAUCAAAGCGCGCAAACCGAUAGCUUUCCGAAGUGCCGAGUUCUUCAAAACGGUCAUGGGUCUUAUGGAGUGGAAUCACUAUCGACUUGGUGUCCGGAGGAUGGUUAUUGAUCUUUUCGAAAAGGCUGUGAUGCGACAAAUCGUUUUCGAUGAGGAUGAAAGCGAUAGCAGCGAGGAAGACGAGAGCAGCCCGGUGGAUGCAGAUGACAGCGCUAGCUCUGGCGAUGACAGGGAUGAUAGGACGGAGAGGCAGAGGAGCAUCAGUGAGCCUAUGGAACCUCCGCAGGAUUUGAUCCCGGCACCUCUGCGGGUGCGACGGCAAGAAACCGGCGGAUAAAUCUUUGGAAAAGGUUUUUUUACAAGAAUUAGUGAGGGGAAAGGGUUAACCGCUCCAAAGUAUGUGAGAUAGGGCUUGAAGGAUCUGGGAAUCGAAGGAUUUGACAGGAUGCAAUACCGACGAACCGGAGAAGGAUGAUGAACACACGCAUACAAACACACGAACACACGAACACACGUCAUACAUACAUACACGCCUUGUGUAACGGCGAGAGACAUUUAACUUUUUUUUUCUUGCUCUUUUUCUAAGGCGUGAAAGGAGGGACAUUUUGCUUUGUUGGCGCUGGGGGGACGGGGGGAAAGGAGGUGGCUUUGGCAACGAAGCAUUCUUUUUUGGGAGAGGUUCUUUUGACAAUUUCACUUUUAUAUCUUCUACCCAUGCUUCAUUUCAUAUCAGCUCAGCCUUUUUUUAUUUUUUUAUAUUUUUUAUUUUUUGGUAUGUGAGAUGAGUUGCCUAGACUUUCUGAGAGAAAAAUAAAAGAGGGGCCUGGGUAGUUGGCCGAUUUGCAUAUCCGAUAGUCGGAAGGAUUUUGAAGAAUCAGGUUCGGAUGAAAGUUUGAUGUUUUUUAGCCACACUUUGCGAGGUUCUGGUAGUUGGUUGAGUUUUGUGUAUGUCAGAUGUGGAGUUUGUGUUGCUAGGGUCGAAUAUAUAAGACUGCAGCUACCUCAAUUAGGAAAGCCUUGUGCUUAGUAAAGUAUUAUAUCCAACUAUAAUAGGGAUAUUUUAGCGAGAGUUGCGGUGGGAUUAUUGAUGAUUCAUACUUUGUGUAAAAGUCCAAGGUAUAAUGUUAAGACGCUUUUAUAUAUAUAAAGUAUAAGAAAGGUUUUAGUAUAGGCAAUAUGGAAAUAAAUAGCUACAAUAGCUAAUUUAGACUCGAGUAAUAUUAUACUAUGGUUGAGUGUAUUAUAUUUUAUUACUUCGAUAUUCUUAUCUAAACUGGUUCAAGUAGGAUUGUUCAUGUUGUUCUGUAACUAUGUUUAGGUACAUCAAAGACUUUGUGCUCCGGAACGUUGAAUUUCUGCUGUAUGGGGAACUUGGAGCAGCCAGUGUCGUAUUGCGUAGAUCGACAAGAUGUGGCUUGCAUGUGGAGAUCGAAUCUACACUAGAAUUAGAUAUGCAGCAGAGCUCAUGGUCGACAACUCCAUGGUACAAUGCU